UUGCAGGCUGCCUGCUCUUCCUGCUGCAACCUGCUCCCGGUGCUCGGAGAGCCAGGGCCCAGCUCGCCGGAUCCCGGGAGGCUGAGCCAAGCCACAGCGGGUGCUGGGGUGCCAUGCAGGAUGCUUGAGACGGACACUGAGGAGCUGAGGGUGAUGCCCUCGGAGGAGGAGAAGGUGGCAGGGGGCGAUGCCUGCCUGGCCGCAGAAGGGGCAGCAGAGGGGGCAUUGAAGGAGGCUGUCCCGGCUGCCCUUGGGGCCCCACUGGAGGAGGAGAAGGUGGUGAUUGCAACCAAAUGUGUGGAGGAGCAGCCUGGCUCCAGCCCGGCCUUUGUGAUCCCGAAGCUGCGGCUGGACAGCACAGCGGACAGCCUGACGGACGAGGAGGAAGACGAGGAGGAGGAGGAGGAGGACAGUGACAAGCACUAUCUGGAGAGGAGCGAGGGGAAGCGCUGCAGCAUGAUUGAGCCGUCGAGCUGCGAGCCGACCUACACCCUGACGGUGCAAGGCUCCCUGCGGCGCCGCACGCAUAGCGAGGGCAGCCUGCUGCAGGAGACGAAGGGCCAAUGCUUCACCUCCGACACCACCCUCAACUGCCUGGACAUCCAGGGCCCCCAGGCCCGCUGGGCACUGCCCUCACCCAGGACCCUCAAGAAGGAGCUCACUAAGAACGGGGGCUCCAUCCACCAACUCGGCCUCCUCUUCUCCGGGCACAGGAAGCUCAGCGGAACAGACGAGUGCAGCUGUGAGAAUGGGGACGAGGCCUCCUGCAAGAAAAGGAGCAAAAACUUGGCCAAAGACAUGAAGAACCGACUGGGGAUAUUUCGACGGCGAAACGAGUCUCCAGGAGCCAACCCCAUCAGCAAGCUGGACAAAGCAAUGAAAUCCCUCAAGCCGAUCCCGGAGGAAGCUCUCAAGUGGGGGGAAUCUCUUGAGAAACUGCUGCUGCACAAAUAUGGGCUGGCUGCCUUCCGGGCUUUCCUGCGGACGGAGUUCAGCGAGGAGAACCUGGAGUUCUGGCUUGCCUGCGAGGAGUACAAGAAGAUCAAAUCCCAGUCCAAGAUGGUAUCCAAGGCCAAGAAGAUCUUUGCUGAGUACAUUGCUAUCCAGUCAUGCAAAGAGGUGAACCUGGACUCCUACACACGGGAGCACACCAAAGAGAACCUACAGACCAUUACCCGGAGCUGCUUCGACCUCGCUCAGAAACGGAUCUAUGGGCUUAUGGAGAAGGACUCUUACCCCCGCUUCCUCCGCUCGGAGUUGUAUUUAGACAUAAUUAACCAGAAGAAAUCCAGCCCCCCACUGUAGAUCCCAAGGACUCUGUCUGGGGCAGACUGGGAGCUGUAUGUUUACAUGAAUUCAACUGGGGCGGUCUUCCCUGAGCUGGAUGAGGGGAGCAUGCCUUUCUGCUGGGAUUCACACCAUGGAAACCAUAUUUCUGUAGCGAACGGACACGUGAACAGGCAAAGGCAGAGAGCUAGAGGCCAAGGGGGCUGGAGAGCCGAGCAGUCUGGUACUGUUCCAUUGUACCGUUCCUCAGGAUCUCGCCAUCUCACCGGUACGACACCCUUUGCCGUGGCUCGGGGGUGAGUUUUAGCCAGGAGGGAAGCUCCCAUGAGACUACUGUGAAGCAUUGGCCUGAGCUUUGUCUUUUGUUUUGGGGGGCAAUAAGUUGGUGGGCAGUGAGACUUUGGGGCAAGGGGAAACCAGCAAGAACUGGCUUCUUGCCUCAACAAGAGACACUGAACUGGACCAAACCCCUUUCCGUGGCGUUGGUGUGCUCCCCUGGUCCUGCAGAACUCACACUUGGCCCUGAUCACGGGCCAGAACGGCACUUCCUUUGUCUGUGUGUGGCCAUGCGCCCCUCAAGCAGCGAGAGCCAGUUCCUCCCCCACGCCCACUGCACGCCUCUCGGUUUAUUUAUUGAUCUCCUGUAGCUGGACAUAUUGCUGUGUGAUAGGAACUCCUUGCAUCCUUUCCUUUGUUAAUUUACAAGUGCAAUAUUUCCGCGUCUUGGAGUCCCAGCGUGGAAUGGACGCCAUCUCUUCUGAGUGUGUACAACAUUUUCUAACUCGGUGGGUUUGAUUUGAAAACUCGGUGCUCCUAGCAGCAGGCCGCUGGGAGAGCCUGGGUGUAUAUAUAGUUUCGUGACAACGGAGGGUUUGAUUGUGUAGAUAAACAACUGUGUGAAUCAGACACUCUCACUGCUCUGAUAACGAUGUCGUGGUCCGGGAAAUGUGGCUUAGUGCCGGAUCUGACGGAGUUGGACAGAAUACCUUGCGUCUAAAUGCCCAGUUUACAAUGCAAAGCAUCUCUGCAGCUAACAAAAACAUGUUGAGGUCAUGGUUAUAGUGUAAAUAAAAGGA